AUGGGGACACUCUCGGCCUCAUACGGGUCCACUAAUGGGGCCGGUUCGCACGCGACCUGGGCCAAGUCGCUGUCGCUCCUGGAGCUCACGAAGGCCGUGCACGACCCGCUCAAGGCCUCGCAAGCCCUCCACAACGCCGAGGCGCUGCGCCAAGCCCCAGCGCUCGACAACGUCUUCUGCAGCUGCUACGACGUGGACACAGUGCUAACCACAGUGCAACGGAGAGAAAGGGGCCAUUUCUCCCCCGUGCAAAAGCUGCUCUUGGAGCCCGAGUCCAUCAAACAGGUCUUCGCGUACGCCACGUCCUUCAGCGACGAGCACCAUCAUUUAAGUGAAAAUGGGGUCGACGGGGAGGCAACAGACCCAAAUUCACUUAAACCGCACCCGGAUAGGUAUCGCCAAUCCUACGUGGCCACGGAGAUUAUCCUCAGAUUUUACCUAAAAGCCAUGGCCUGCUUGGAAGGGCUGGCAGUGUCGUCCUCUGAAGCGCCUACCAACAUGCCGACAAUGGUGGACUUCAGGAGCAACGCUUCGACUCGAAAAAUGGCGAGAAUCCAGCGACUACGCGCCAGUAUGCGGUUUGAGAGCUCCGGGAGCAGCAUAUCGGAGUUCAGUGUGAAUGGCGAUGAGGACGAAGAACUACUCGAAGAUCCAGCAACUCGUGGAUAUUUGCUGCGACUUGAGGACUUGACGGCAAACGAGUGGAAGCGGAUUUUUGGAGGAUUGUUCCGGUUUUUGUGGCCGCUGAGGAUACAAAAUGGCGGAGACAACGGGGAAAAUACUGUUGUGGAUGACGAAGUGGAGGUUGACAGCGUCUUGGCUGCCAACAUGUGUCGGAUCACGAAGAAUUUCGUCACAUUUCCAGCGGUGCACAGACUCAUUUGCGACGAGAACGAUGAUACCGAGAGAGAAUGGCUGCUGUCGCGUCUUGCUGCUCACGCGUACAAUCCGGAUAUUGCGUCUCUGUUGCAUGGAUUAAUCCACCUUUCUAUCCGUCGAGGGUUCGAGUAUUUCCCGAUUAUCCGCUGCCUGCUUGUACGGAUUGUGGAGCAAGUGCCGACGCGACUAACGAGGUCCAUGUCCGCUGUUUCUUCCACGUCGACCGUGUCGUCCACAUCAUCAGCGUCGCCACGAUCGUCGCUCGGUGGGUCUCCACCAUCUGUAUCACCGUCUUCGUUCUUCUCGUCCAAGACGGCGCCUUUGUCUCCAUCGCUGUUUACGACACACACGACAUCCACCGUACAUGCGAGGAUAAGUGGCUGUGCGGAGAUUAUGACAAAAAUCCUCAAGGACGAAUUCCCCAACACCUUCCGGUACUACAUCCAAACGAAAAUCCAGCUGGCUUCGUUCGAGAGCGUCGAGACUUUUGAACGCGAGCUUUUUCCUCCGCGGAUGGCUCCUAGCGACCCUGCAAUGCACCAUAAACUCAAGCUCGCGGUGUUGGCCGCUUUGAUUGAAAACUCUACGAUUCUUGCGCGACUGGCGGAGCUGGGGAUGGCUGAACUUCGUUUCCUGGAUGCCCACCACAUCAAUGGCGUGUGCAUCCCCCGAGUUCUGGUGAUCGACAUCUUGCGGCAUGCGAUUGAGUUUUCUUUGCAUGAUUCGGAGCAAUUGGAGGUGUUUAUUGCGCCAGUUCACCUCGUGUUAGAUACAAUUUGCGCGUCGAUCAACUACCACCAGCACCUGUCGACGAUAUCUGAGUUCGCGGCACGUGAUUGCUUCAGUGACAGUGACUCUGAUGACGACGAUACUGAGGACGGAGAGGACUUUGACUCGGUUGCCGGUGUGAGUGGAAAAGACAGCCCGAGUAAGUCCGUGAAGCGACCUGGCGCCGUACCUGCCCGAACGACGUUGUACAUGGGGAUCACUCCUCCUGCUCUCAGCUACUCCCCUCGAUCGGGGAAGGCGGUGGUGAACCACCGACCUCUAGCAUCGACUUUGCUCGUGAUGCACGUGGUGGAAUUGCUGGAUGAUGUCAUCCGGAUGUCGAACGAUCGCAUCGAUAGUCGAUUGUCGCGCCUGGAUCUAGCCACCUCGUUGAUAGAUAUCUUCGAGAAGUUCCCAAAGGCCAGCAUCUUGCACUGCCGGUUAGUGAAGCUCUACCUGAAUCUGCUGAACAGACCGACGACCAACGGACGCGUGAACAACCCGCUGCUGCGCAGUGUCUUCCGCUCGCCAGAUUCGAUCUUGGAGUUUAUUUUGCAGAAGUUGCAUGCAAACAGCUCGGGGCAUAUUUACGACGCUCACUUGGCGAUUAUUGGAGUCAAGAUUGCCAAGAUUUGCAGCUCGCCGACGCUCCAGCAGGAGCUUAUCCGCCAGUUCUGCAACAACGUGAAGGGUUGGAACGAUUUCGCUUCUUCGUUAGUAGCAUCGCACUAUCAGCAGAUGGACGCGCUGGAUGACUCGCUCCUGGGUUUGCAGGUUGUCACUGGAGGUGGACGAAGCGGAACCCCGAGGAAGCGCAACGCCAGCGAAGACGAAGUGGACGCCGACUUCCCGCUAGCUCGACCGUCCUCGUCAGCGAGUGAGUAUCUCUCACGUGAGCUGGAGCCUUUCAGACGACUGCCGAUGGAGAAGGAGGGCUUUGGCUCUUCGCACAACCUGGCAAGAGGCAACGAGGCCGUGCACCCGAGCGACAUGUUCCAGAGCCGGUCACAGAGCAAGUUCCCGGAGUCAAUCAUCGACAUCCUGCAGUCUGACGAGUCGACUUCAUUUGACGUCGAAGAGGACGACUUCUUCGUGAGUGGGUACGCCUACCAGAAGCGUUCCAAGUGGGCCAAGGUGCAUCUGAAGUUCGAGAAGGCCACAUGCCAACUGACGUUGCAGGACGCCGCAGCUGCUGCGUGUGGGUCGCCGAGAAAUGGCGCGUCCAAGGCGACUUCUCCAUCGAAAGCCUCGAUGCUCAAGCAGUUUUUACUGGCCCACAAGCAAACGUGGACGUCUCGACCCAAGAAGCUGGUGGUAUGCAACGCGCGCAAGUGGAUCGCGUUCGGCCGGAGCUUGAAGAAGCCGAACCGCGGAGCGUUUGGCUUCCAGGUCGAAGUAUUCGACGGCCACCGAGAAGAAGACGAAACGCUGACGUUCGUCACGCGCUCGGAUGAGACGAGGAUGCGGUGGUUCGAGGCGAUGCAGUGCGCUGUGACCAGGACGCGCACAGCGCGCUACAGCUUCAGCGACAUCGACGAAGCGGCUAACACGGAGUUGGUCGAGUGUGUGGCCAAGAACCGAGGCGGCUCGUACCUGAUGGUGCCGGACGUUAACUUACUGGGGCCUAUGACGUCUGGCAGCUUCUUCAUCAAGUCGGAGGUGCCGGAAGAGAUGCCGUUCUGGGGGACGUACCAUGGGGACCAGGGGAUCAUCAAGUACGUCUCAUUAUUUAAGCAGUGCCUGGAUGUGGUCUCGGUCGAAGAGAAGAGCAUUCAGGCUAUUGGGUAUUCCGUGAUCGUGGAGUUCGACGCGACGUUCCGUCGGUCCGAGAGCACCGCGGACUUUGACGACUCGGAGCCGCCGGCAGUCAAGUGCGCGUGCACCGACACGUACCUGAUCAGUGGGAAUCAGAUCAUCGGGUUGACGCGCACGAUCGCAGACUCGGAAAAGCUGCUGCAGCUCCUCUGUGACGAUGAAUAG